AUGUUGUUAAAUGUAAUAAAAAGAGGUUUGCACGCAACUGGGGAUCCUGUGCGAGUCGUUAUAACGGGCAUGGGAGUCGUGUCGCCGAUCGGGAAAACGCUUGCAAAUGCAUGGGAAAAUAUUUUGGCUGGAGAAUGUGCAGUUGUUUCCUUACGCGAAGAAGAAUACCAAAGUUUGCCUUGUAAAAUAGCAUGUAAAAUACCGGACAAAAACGAAUUCAUUUCUGAUAGAUUUUCCAAAAGCGAAUUGAGAACGAUGGCUCCAGCAACGGCCAUCGCUCUCAUCGCCACGGAAGAAGCUUUAAAAGACGCACGUUGGUCACCUCGAACCAAUGAAGACAAAUUAAAUACGGGAGUGGCCAUCGGAAUGGGAAUGAUAGACCUGAACGAUGUUUGUCAAACAAGUGAAGAUUUGAAAAUAAAAGGCUACAAAAAAGUCAGUCCUUAUUUCGUACCUAGAAUUUUACCGAAUAUGGCUGCUGGACAGGUGAGCAUAAAACAUGGACUUCAAGGACCGAAUCAUUCUGUUUCUACUGCAUGCGCGACCGGAGCUCAUUCUAUAGGAGAUGCGUUUCGAUUUAUACAAAAUGGUGAUGCCAAAGUAAUGAUUUGUGGCGGAGCCGAAAGUUGCAUAAGCCCGUUAUCAAUUGCAGGAUUUAGUAGAUUGAGAGCCUUAGCAACUAAUUUUAAUGAUACUCCGAAGAAAGCCUCUAGACCUUUUGACAAAGAUAGAAACGGAUUUAUCAUGGGCGAAGGCUCUGCAAUUUUCGUUCUCGAAGAAUUGAAUCACGCGGUUAAAAGAAACGCAAAAAUUUACGCCGAAAUUUUAGGUUACGGUUUAUCUGGAGAUGCAUCACACUUGACAGCUCCCAGCGAGGAUGGAACGGGUGCCAUUUUGUCGAUGCAAAGAGCAUUGAAGAAUUCCGGCCUCGAACCACAGGAUAUAGGGUACAUCAAUGCCCAUGCUACAUCUACGCCCAUCGGCGACGCAAUAGAAUCAAGAGCAAUAAAAUAUGUUUUCGGUGAUCAUACGAACAAUAUUAAAGUUUCUUCAACCAAAGGUAGUCACGGGCAUUUGUUAGGUGCAGCCGGAAAUUUAGAAAGCGUAUUUACGGUAAUGGCAAUAAAAAGUGAAAAUUUACCUCCUAGUCUAAAUAUAGAAAACGUCGACGAAGACACUAAACUAAAUUUUGUGACCGAACCGGGUGAAAAAUGGAUUACAAAAAGUUCAGAUGGAAGGCGAAUAGCCCUUAAAAACGCAUUCGGUUUCGGAGGAACAAACGCUACGCUUUCUUCGAUAUAUGAUAAAACUAUUACUGUUUCUUGGAAAUUUGUAAUUUGGAAAUAA